UGACAGCAUGAGUGUGUGUGUUGUGUGAGAGAGAGCAAAGAAGAGAGAGCGGGAUAUCUGUAUGUGUGUAUGUGUACAGAGAACACAUGUGACACAGCCCAUGGAGGAGCACAUGUAAAGAAAAAGCCUGUUUCCCUGUGUGGAUGUGCAGCCUGCAGACAGUUUGGACUGAAAUUUGGACCUUUGAAUACUGUUUUUCCAAGUUGGAUUUUCCUGCGUGUCUUCUUCUUUUUUAAAUAAGAGUAAAAUACUUGAUAUGUAGCUUCAUCCAGAGGAAUACUUUCCUUUCCUUUGAGGGUUAAUCACACACUCACACAUGCAGUAGAGUCCUCUGCUCCAUGUAGCGCUGCGUGGGUGAGGCGGCCUACCUGGAUUACUCUGAGCGUACAUGUUUUUGGGACAGACUCACAGAAGACGGGAGAGAUUGAAAGAGAGGAUAAAGUGAAGAAGAACGCGGGAAGAUGUACUUGUACAAAACAACAUGCCCAGACAUCCCCAACCCGAAGCAAAAGGGCUCCAGAGGUCAUGGUGUGGUCCAGGCCCAAGGUCCUGGUCAGCUGAGACUCGCCAAGCAGAUGUCCAAAGGGAUGGGGCCGCGACCCUAUGCUCCUCUGAUGUUGUGGACACCAAACAAAUCCAAUAGUAUGGUGCAGCUCAAACACCUGGAGGAGUUUCUCAACUUCCACUCGUUGUCGCUGCACGAUACGGUCAAGAGCCAGACAGGCAUGCUGUACAGGAAUCUUGGAAAGUCAGGACUCAGAGUAUCUUGCUUAGGACUGGGUACAUGGGUGACAUUUGGGGGACAGAUAACCGACGAGGUUGCAGAGCAGUUAAUGACUAUUGCCUACGAGAGUGGAGUCAACCUGUUCGACACAGCUGAGGUCUACGCAGGCGGCAGGGCUGAAAUUAUUCUCGGAAACAUUAUCAAGAAGAAAUGCUGGAGAAGAUCCAGUUUGGUCAUUACAACUAAACUAUACUGGGGAGGAAAGGCGGAGACGGAAAGAGGACUGUCCAGGAAACACAUUAUUGAAGGUCUAAAAGGCUCGCUACAAAGGAUGCAGUUGGAAUAUGUAGAUGUAGUUUUUGCCAACCGCCCUGACAGCAACACACCCAUGGAGGAGAUUGUUCGGGCCAUGACCUAUGUCAUCAACCAAGGCAUGGCAAUGUACUGGGGGACGUCUCGGUGGACGGCCAUGGAGAUUAUGGAGGCAUAUUCGGUGGCAAGACAGUUUAAUCUGAUCCCUCCAGUGUGUGAGCAGGCAGAGUAUCAUCUUUUCCAGAGGGAGAAAGUAGAAGUGCAACUGCCUGAACUUUACCACAAGAUAGGAGUCGGGGCGAUGACAUGGUCACCUCUGGCAUGCGGCAUCAUCACAGGAAAAUAUGAAAAUGGCAUUCCUGAAUCUUCCAGGGCUUCCAUGAAGUCGUAUCAGUGGUUGAAGGAGAAAAUAGUAAGUGAUGAUGGAAGGAAACAACAAGCCAAGCUGAAAGAGCUCCACCACAUUGCAGAGAAGCUGGUCUGCACUCUGCCUCAACUGGCUGUGGCGUGGUGUCUAAGAAAUGAAGGAGUAAGCUCAGUUCUUCUGGGAACAUCCAACCCUGAACAGCUCACUGAGAACCUUGGAGCCAUACAGGUCCUUCCUAAGAUGACGUCUCAUGUGGUGUCUGAAAUUGACCACAUCCUGGGCAACAGACCGUACAGUAAGAAGGACUACCGCUCUUAGACCAGGCUGGUGGACUCCUGAGAGGUCAGCCUACCUACUCACCCACCUACUUAACCACACUGCUACCAUGGAGGUUAAAUGUUUAAGUCCAUGGUUCUUUCCUUGGGCCCCACUCAGCUCCAGCCCACUUCAGUCUGGAGCCGACAGCCUUGUUAAGCCCAGCAUUGUCCUACUCACAUCAGCUGUACCCGGUUCAUCUCAGGUCCGGUUCAGCUCAGCCAAGAGCCGCUUAACAAACUUAGCUUUUUGCAGCCUCAAACGCAACUUAAUCAACCUGAGUAAAUCGAAACUUUGCGUCCCCGAACCAAGAUGGUAAACCCUUUUAGUGUCACUCCAUUCAACUAUAACUAUGCAGAGCUUAGUCUUGCCCAUGCAGUUCUAGAGCACAACAUACUGGUUCAACUCCUCCCAGGGACCGCAUUAAGAACUACAAUUCAUUUAAUUAAUUAAUUGUAGUUCAAGAUGGCAAGAACAGCUCCUUAUUGUUUGUGAUACACCUGCACCUACAUUUACAGUUGAGAUUUGAGCAGUGCUGUAGGAAAAGCACUGCAGGAGUAUUUCAUUACUCAAAAGUGCCUUGCUCCAUGGCACCUUGAUAGUAGUUGUUGAGUAAAACAGUUAUGUCACUUGUUCACUUUUCCAACCCACAUCCUGUCGAUGACUCAGACCCUCCGGUCUCAAGCCUUCCUCUCAAAUGUCCAGACUUCCACCCACAAGUAAUUUAAUUUGAGAACAAAAUUCACACUGAGCACAUAUUUUAUUCAGGAGAAAUGCUGUACCACAAGCUGAAUACAUCAAUAUAAACACCUUAGACUUAUACUGUAUAUGUUAUGUUCCUUACUCAAAAGUAAACCUAAAGAAACAUAGCUUUAGUUGCAUGAACAUCCCCAGUCAUUUAGCCAGUGCUUUCAUUCAAUUAUUAUGCAGUGCAGCAAUCUAAAUUACCAUAAACCCAAUACUCUCACCUCUUGUGUCAGAAGUCGAGGGAGAAAAAUGUCUUUUCCCAUGAAAUGUGUGGUUUAACAAUGACAAUGCUCAUACUUCUUUAAAAAAAAGCUUUAUGAAUGAGGCCUCAUUGAACCUUUCCCUAUUAGCUUGAAUUAGUUUCAAUCUAUCUACCAUUUGUACCCAAACCUGUAUUUAGUUUAGGACAGGAUAGUAUUCAGUAGAGAUGAUAGGCUGGAAAUCCUGAGUGCAGGUGCAUGUUUCUCCAGCUAUAGUGUGCGCCUCCCUUCACUUUUCUACAAAGCACAUAAUGAAUCAACAGAAAGGAGUUGGAUCAGAAAUACUGCAAGCUUGUCUGUCUGUCAGUGACCGCCUGUCAAGCAAAGGAUCCUGGAGCAUCAGUGUCACUGGGAUUGGGCCUUUCAGGGAGAGAGGGAAGCAUGUUGCCCCUGUGUGGUCUUUUUCAGGAACUGCUGCUCUGCUUCAGGAGGUAAUAGAAGAAAGACAUAACACUUAGCAAAAGAAGUGGACUACUACUGAAUUUUCAUUUAUAAUGGAGACAUUUGACUCCCUUUUUGUCUUUGAACUGAACCUGCAUUGCUGAUUGCCUCAUGAACCUUGCAGAAAAGGACUUAAGCAUAUAAUAUAUCUAUGUAAUAAAAUGAUGCCUCUUUGCUGGUCACAAAUUGCUUGUUGCUGGCCCGAAGAUACAUAUAGGCAAGGGAUGUGGAAAAGAUUACAGUAUUUAUUCUAGAGUAAUUUUGACAUUUUGAGAUAUUGUUUUGAGAACUAUGGGAAAGUAACAUGUACAUAAAAUGUUAAGGCAUACCUUGUAACAUAAGCAAAACCAUGAAGAAGCCUCUCGUGCAAGUGCAGACUUUACAGUACUGUAUGGCUAAUAUAUACAUAGGGAAAUAGAGGUGUUGUAUGUAAAUAGUUAUUUUGUUGCUCCUCUAUAAAACCACUGCAUCAGUUGCAGUGUUGAGUAACUCUUCAUCCCAUCCUCCUCCUGGCAGACUUCACACUGUCAGAGUAUAUUGCUAGCUCCUGAAGAAUAUUUCAUAUAAGUAUGUAUAAAGAGUAAUGGUCAAUUUGUUGUUUUUGCAUCGUGAAGUCAGAUUAUGUUUUGCUGUGUUAAUAAUGGCAUUAUUUACAGAAGGUACUUCUGUAAAUAAUAAAGUAAUGAGCUUCUGUUUAAACGUAAGCAUUGACCCUGACUCAUUAUCUCUGACCAGGCAGCUGAGCUCUCACAGUUCAUGUCACCUUCAUGCGUUGUUUUCUGAUUUUUAUCUUCUUUUUCCUUUUCAUCUGGAAAACAAGCCAUCACAGAGAUCAGCAGUAAUGUUGGCCAGGUUCCAGUUAAGUCACUGCCUUGUCCUUGGUGUACAUUUGUUGACUUGUAGCACAAACACCCUCCAGAUUUUAAUCAAAGGAAAUUUCUGCCCAUGUAGACUUUUGCCAGAAUUGCUGUUACACACAUGACAAUGAAGCAUAAAUAAGCAGUGUUUGGCUGACAAUUGAAGUUUCUGUCCUUUGGGAUAAUAAAAAUAUAGACUUCCCUAUGGAUAUUUGCAUUGACCUGGUGUUACAUACAAAGAAGAGCAAACCUCUUAGGCAUAAUUUUAAUGCAAAUGACAAGCAGUUUGCUAAAAAAAAAAAAAAAUCCAGAAAAACUAUUUAAGUCUCCCUUAAGGUCAGAUCAGUGUAAUUCCCUUUACUCUAACUCUUGGUGGCAAUAUGUGUACCAAAACAUACGAUUAGUUUGGUUGCAAGUCAACAAGCUGCCUCUCAGUUCCAGUCAGUGACCACGCUGGAUCACGGCCUGCCGGUGUGUGUGGAGACUCCUCCACCCGGCAGAGUGCCUUUACUUGAGUCCCACUACAGA